AUGGUUGUCCACAACGUCAAGAGCAAGGAGGAGUUCAACGCCAAGCUGGCAGACCCUAAGACCCCCCUCAUCAUUCUUGACGCCUUCGCCACCUGGUGCGGUCCCUGCAAGGCCAUCGCUCCUAUCCUCGCCAACCUGUCCAACACCGAGGCGCACACUGGACUUCACUUCGUCAAGAUUGACGUCGACGAGGUUCCCGACCUGAGCCAGGACCUUGGCAUCCGCGCCAUGCCCACCUUCCUUAUCUUCAAGAACGGCGAGAAGGUCGAGGAGGUGGUUGGCGCCAACCCCAACGCCCUCACUGCCGCCGUCAAGAAGUUCGCUGCUGAAUUCCCCCCGGUUGCUGCGACGGAGGAGAAGGCCGAGUAA